CAAGAGUGAAGCAUCGUUUUAUUUUAAUAAUACAUCAUGGAGUUCAAGUGUCUACUGAUUGAACAAUCUGGUGAUCCAGACAAAAGUUCUGAAAACCGUGUUGUGGAACUCCGUUUUCCAAACCAUGGAAGUAUUGGAGAAGGUUCAUUUAAACGGAAAUCUAAAUCUUCUCCGUAUGGUGACAACGACGACAACAAUUAUGAAACUAUGCCGAUGAUUCACCAGCAAAUGUACGGCCCGGGAUGUUCGUAUUAUAACUUUGCAUAUUGUAAACCUCCCCGGGACGACCUUGAGGAUAAAACUCCUGUCGUUCAGCCUCCUGCAAAAACAACAAGAAUCGAUUCAUUGUAUGUUGAACCUCUUGUGAUGAUGUCAGAGCGCAGUGGUGGUACGUCUGAGACUGUUACUAACCAGCCUAAGUCCAGCGUUAGAACAGUGCACCAUAAACAUAAGUGCAAGUCUCCUCGUCAUGGUGACAACGACGACAACAAUGAUGAAUCAAUGGCAAUGAUUUGCCAGCAAAUGUAUGGCCCAGGAGGUCCUUAUUAUAACUAUGCAAAUCGUAAACCUUCCCGGGACAACCUUGAGGAUAAAACUCCUGUCAAGAAGUUGCCUGCAAAACCAUCAAAGGUUAAUUCAUCACAUGUUGAAGCUCCUGCGGUGUCGGAGCACAGUGGUGAUACAUUUGAGUCUAAGCUUUUUACCAGUCAAACAAAGUCUCGUGAUGGUGACAGUGACGACAAUUAUGAAACUAUGGCGAUGAUUUGCCAGCAAAUGUACGGCCCGGGAGGUCCUUAUUAUAACUUUGCAAAUUGUAAACCUCCCCGGGACAAUCUUAAGGAUAAAACUCCUGUCAUUCAGCCUCCUGCGAUGAUGUCAGAGCGCAGUGGUGGUACGUCUGAGACUGUUACUAACCAGCCAAAGUCCAGCGUUAGAACAGAGCACCAUAAACAUAAGUGCAAGUCUCCUCGUCAUGUUGACAACGACGACAACAAUUAUGAAUCCAUGGCGAUGAUUCGCCAGCAGAUGUACGGCCCGGGAGGUCCUUAUUAUAACUCGCCAAAUCGUAAACCCGCCCAGGAUGACCUUGAGGAACAGGAUGUAACUCCUGUCGUUCAGCCUCCUGCAAAAACAACAAGAAUCGAUUUAUCGUAUGUUGAACCUCCUGCAUUGAUGUCAGAGUGCAGCGUUGGUACGUCUGAGACUUUUACUAAUAAGCCAAUGUUCAGUGUUAUAACAGAGCACCUUAAACAUAAGUGCAAGUCUCUUCGUAAUGGUGACAAUGACGACAAGUAUGAAAAUAUGGCGAUGAUUUGCCAGCAAAUGUACGGCCCGGGAGGUCCUUAUUAUAACUUUGCAAACCGUAAACCUCCCCGGGAUGACCUUGAGGAUAAAACUCCUGUUGUUCAGCCUCCUGCAAAAACAAUAACGAUCGAUUCAUUGUAUGUUGAACCUCCUGCAAUGAUGUCAGAGCGCAGCGGUGGUCCGUCUGAGGCUGUUACUAAUAAGCCGAAAUCCAGCGUUACAAAAGGCUCAUGUAAACGACAACGCAAGUCUUUUCGUGAUGGUCAGACUGUUACUAAGCCUCUCCUGGAUGACUUUGGGGAUAAAACUCCUGUCAAGAAGUUGCCUGCAAAACCAUCAAAGGUUGAUUCAUCACAUGUUGAAGCUCCUGCAGUGCCGGAGCACAGUGGUGAUACAUUUGAGUCUAAGCUUUUUACCAGCCAAGCAAAGUCUCGUGAUGGUGACAAUGAUGACAAUUAUGAAACUAUGGCGAUGAUUUGCCAGCAAAUGUACGGCCCGGGAGGUCCUUAUUAUAACUUUGCAAACUGUAAACCUCCCCGGGACGACCUUGAGGAUAAAACUCCUGUUGUUCAGCCUCCUGCAAAAACAAUAACGAUCGAUUCAUUGUAUGUUGAACCUCCUGCAAUGAUGUCAAAGCGCAGCGGUGGUCCGUCUGAGGCUGUUAUUAAUAAGCGGAAAUCCAGUGUUACAAAAGGCUCACGUAAACGACAACGCAAGUCUUCUCGUGAUGGUGAGACUGUUACUAAGCCUCUCCGGGACAACCUUGAGGAUAAAACUCCUGUCAAGAAGUUGCCUGCAAAACCAUCAAAGGUUGAUUCAUCACAUGUUGAAGCUCCUGCGGUGUCGGAGCACAGUGGUGAUACAUUUGAGUCUAAGCUUUUUACCAGCCAAGCAAAGUCUCGUGAUGGUGACAGUGACGACAAUUAUGAAACUAUGGCGAUGAUUUGCCAGCAAAUGUACGGCCCGGAAGGUCCUUAUUAUAACUUUGCAAAUCGUAAACCUCUCCGGGACAAUCUUAAGGAUAAAACUCCUCUCAUUCAGCCUCCUGCAUUGAUGUCAGAGUGCAGCGUUGGUACGUCUGAGACUUUUACUAAUAAGCCAAUGUUCAGUGUUAUAACAGAGCACCUUAAACAUAAGUGCAAGUCUCUUCGUGAUGGUGAAAAUGACGACAAGUAUGAAAAUAUGGCGAUGAUUUGCCAGCAAAUGUACGGCCCGGGAGGUCCUUAUUAUAACUUUGCAAACUGUAAACCUCCCCGGGACGACCUUGAGGAUAAAACUCCUGUUGUUCAGCCUCCUGCAAAAACAAUAACGAUCGAUUCAUUGUAUGUUGAACCUCCUGCAAUGAUGUCAAAGCGCAGCGGUGGUCCGUCUGAGGCUGUUAUUAAUAAGCGGAAAUCCAGUGUUACAAAAGGCUCACGUAAACGACAACGCAAGUCUUCUCGUGAUGGUGAGACUGUUACUAAGCCUCUCCGGGACAACCUUGAGGAUAAAACUCCUGUCAAGAAGUUGCCUGCAAAACCAUCAAAGGUUGAUUCAUCACAUGUUGAAGCUCCUGCGGUGUCGGAGCACAGUGGUGAUACAUUUGAGUCUAAGCUUUUUACCAGCCAAGCAAAGUCUCGUGAUGGUGACAGUGACGACAAUUAUGAAACUAUGGCGAUGAUUUGCCAGCAAAUGUACGGCCCGGAAGGUCCUUAUUAUAACUUUGCAAAUCGUAAACCUCUCCGGGACAAUCUUAAGGAUAAAACUCCUCUCAUUCAGCCUCCUGCAUUGAUGUCAGAGUGCAGCGUUGGUACGUCUGAGACUUUUACUAAUAAGCCAAUGUUCAGUGUUAUAACAGAGCACCUUAAACAUAAGUGCAAGUCUCUUCGUGAUGGUGAAAAUGACGACAAGUAUGAAAAUAUGGCGAUGAUUUGCCAGCAAAUGUAUGGCCCGGGAGGUCCUUAUUAUAACUUUGCAAACUGUAAACCUCCCCGGGACGACCUUGAGGAUAAAACUCCUGUUGUUCAGCCUCCUGCAAAAACAAUAACGAUCGAUUCAUUGUAUGUUGAACCUCCUGCAAUGAUGUCAGAGCGCAGCGGUGGUCCGUCUGAGGCUGUUACUAAUAAGCCGAAAUCCAGCGUUACAAAAGGCUCACGUAAACGACAACGCAAGUCUUCUCGUGAUGGUGAGACUGUUACUAAGCCUCUCCGGGACAACCUUGAGGAUAAAACUCCUGUCAAGAAGUUGCCUGCAAAACCAUCAAAGGUUGAUUCAUCACAUGUUGAAGCUCCUGCGGUGUCGGAGCACAGUGGUGAUACAUUUGAGUCUAAGCUUUUUACCAGCCAAGCAAAGUCCAGCAUUACAGACGGCUCGCGUAAACGACGAUGCAAGUCCCCUAAUGACGGCAAGAACACCCUCAAAGUUCUCGGGAUGAUGAUUCACAAGAAACUGUAUGGUCCUGGUGGUCGUUAUCAUGAUUUGGUAAAACGUAAACGACCCUGGGGUGAGGACGAGGACAAGAAAAAAGAUUCCUCUAAACCUGCCAAAAAGUUCUGCUCUUCCAAAGAUCGUUCUGACACACAACCGAGAGCCCGAGGAAAAGGCAAAACUAAAAAGCAGAUGAAGUCUGCUGAAGGGGAUGGUGGUGCUGAAACCCGCAGCAGCCAAACAGCUGAGCCGAUUGACCCAUGA